GCGUCGGUGGAUCUGCGGCUGCUGACGUCACCGCGCGCGUCCUGGAGCCUCCCGAGCGAGCGAGCGCGCGCGCUGACGGACCGCAGCAGCAGAAGGCCGAGGCUCCGCCGCCGGGGAUCGAGCUUCUCACGCCGGACAGAGAGUUACCGCGACAUGCAGGCUUCACCGGAGGAGCUGCGGGCCGGCUCCCGGCUCCCGGUCACCGUCGAGCAGAUCCUCAACGACACGCUGGUGGUGACGCUCCGCUACCGGGAGAAGAGCUUCACCGGGAUCCUGCUGGACUGCAGCCGAAAGACUGGGCUGUUCUGCCUUCCGGAUGUGGUCGGGAAAACCGAAGAGCCGCUCAUCUUAAGACCGGACUGUGAAGUCUUGAGCGAAGAGUCUUCUUCUGAACCUGUCAGUCAGCCAACACAAAGACCAAAAGAUGAAAACACGGAGCCUGAGGAGUCUCCUGCUCCUGUACCCAUCCCGCUGCAACCGGGACAGCACACGUACCCACCUUACUUCGAAGGUGCUCCCUUCCCUCAGCCCAUAUGGGUCCGGCACACGUAUAACCAGUGGGUUCCUCAGCCACCGCCGCGCCCCAUCAAGAGGAAGAAGAGACGCAGCCGAGACGCCGGCCGGCUGGCAAUCAGCACCAUCCGACUGCGACCCCGGCAGGUGCUCUGUGAGAAAUGCAAAAACACACUAAACAGUGAUGAGGACAGCAAAGAUGGACCAACUCUACCCAAGACGUCCAGGAAAGAAAACUCACCUCAUGCUGAAGACGACAACACUAAAACAACUUCAGCCAAGAGGAAGGACGACGGGGAACACAAUAAUAGAGAGUCCAAACGGAGAGAGGACUCAACCGUCUAUGACGGCAAACGCUUCCGAAAGGAUAAGAAGGAGGAAGAAAAGUUUCCUUCAGGCGACGUCAUUCCCCACAGUCCAGUCAUCAAGAUCUCCUACAGCACUCCGCAAGGCAAAGGCGAGGUCAUGAAGAUCCCUUCCAGGGUCCAUGGAUCCGUCAAACCUUUCUGCCCCAAGCAGCUCCUCCAGAACGGACAUGGAGAUCGAGAUUCUUCCAAGGAAACCCCUAAAAAACUACAACCCCCAAUGGACGCAAUACGAACAGGUCUUACCAUUUCCAUUCCCAAACUCAAGCUUCCGAAGUUGCCUAGUCCUGAUGCGCAGUCGCCUAAGAUUCGCUUGCGCUCCCGGGCGGAAGGAGCGGAGCAGAUGUCUGUAUAUGAGGCAGAACUCGUGGACGGAGCUCGGAGGAGAAGUCCGAGAGUUCCCAACUCUGGUUUACCUCAAUCCGAGGAUGCUGAAGAUAAGAAUUCACUAGAACUUUGGUCGGGGAGCUGCGGUGGGGAAGUCGAGCGGCACGGAGAUCUGACUUUACUAAUUAACUUCCGCAAGAGGAAAGCAGACUCUUCCAGCCUUUCUGUGUGCAGUAGUGACAGUCUAGACGAGUCCAAAUCGUUCAGUUCGGAUGGCACGUCUCCGGAGCUGUGUGAUCUGGCUCCAGGCGAUGAUAUCUCUGUGUCUUCGUCCUCUCAAGGAGAAGGCAAGACGGUUCCUCCGCUGACUGUCCGCCUGCACACGCGCAGCAUGAGCAAAUGCGUGACGGAGGAUGGUCAUGCGGUGACGGUCGGGGACGUAGUUUGGGGAAAGAUUCACGGCUUCCCUUGGUGGCCGGCUCGGAUCCUCAGUAUUAGCGGGACUCGCAGAGAGGACGGAGAAGUCGACGCUCCGUGGCCUGAAGCGAAGGUUUCUUGGUUUGGAUCUCCGACCACCUCUGAACUCUCAGUUGCCAAACUGUCACCGUUCCGCGAGUUCUUCAGGUCACGCUUCAACCGCAAAAAGAAAGGGAUGUACCGGCGUGCCAUCAUGGAAGCUGCCAAAGCGGUGGGACACAUGGGUGCAGAAAUCACAUCUCUUCUGGCUCACUGCGAAACUUAGAUCUGGAGGCCGGCAGUGGACUGUCUGUUGUUCAGCGCUCUGCGGACGCUCCCGGUGUGUGUGUUGAUCUCCCAGGACGGAGAACACCUUCAUUUUGCCACGGAUAUCAUGAGGGAAGGUGCUUUUCCACACACACACACACACACACACACGCACACACACAUACACACACGCACGCCUCACCUGACUGUUGAAGACGAGGUGUGACCUGUGGACUGCAUUACAGACGGACCAUGAGGACGAUCUGGGAAACACCUUCUGUUGGUCUCUCCAUCUUUCAUUGGUUUGUUUUUAGGACGUACGUUAUAUUAGAACAAGUAGCUCGACACUAAACUCCGAAUGUAUUUAUUCACCUGAAAAAAACAAAACAAAGACAAAAAACAAGCAAACAAACACUCGCCCAGUGACUUUCCUGAACUCCAGAUCACACACACUGCUGCUGUUUCUCCAACUGAUGGAUCUGCGUAUUACAACACUUAAACGACGAGUCUUACCGCCUGUCUGUCUGUCUGUCUGUCUGUCCAGAUGAUGAAAAUGUGAAAUUCCUUCUCUGUGUGUGUGUGUGUGUGUGUUGUGUAGGUCUUGCACCAUGCAGUAUGUCCGUUGUUUUUCUUCCUCUUCUCUCCUUUUAUUACGCUCUGAUCAUGUGAUUUUUGCUUUAAUUAUUUAAUGAGUCACGUUAAGAGAAGCACUUUAUCCAUACCUUGGUGGCCUGCUGUGAAGAUUGCAGCGUCUUUGAGGAGCUGACCCAAGUAAUUUCUAUUUUAUUUUCAUUUAUUUUAUCUUUCAAUUAUUCUGAUGCAGGUUUCCGUUGCAGGACAUGUGCGUGAGUGUGUGUACACUGUAAGCCACCGUCGCUGGUUCCUCCUUAAAUGAUGACACAACUGUGUGCACUGUCUCUUUAAGAAAGCAUCAGAAGUGUGUGUGUGUGUGUGAUGAAUGAAUGCAGGUGUUUUGGGCUCCGUCUCGAUGCUCUCUGACUGCUGUUUUUUCCAGCUGGACUCUGCAGGCGUCGAGGGCUUUAUAUCGAUCUCCCACUGCGCACCGGUGGGCUUUUUUUAAUGUGCUGUAAAUAGAAUAAAAAUAUAAAACAACAUCC